CAUUGUUGGUCGAUUUCCAAGGGAGGUGGUGUUGUAAUAAGUCAUGUGAGUAAGGGGCGGAAGUUGGAUACAAUUUCAACAUGGCUGCGCCGCGAUGAUUAAGAGUGCCUAGUUGCGCCUCACAAGAACAGCGGUUUACCUUCGUCCGACCAGUUUUUCAGAAAUGUUGACGCUGGUGUGUUUUUAGCUAAUGCCACAAAUCCCCAGAGCAGAUCUGACAUCAACACAGGACCCGAGACAGAUAUAAAUUCGCGAAGACGCAUCAAUCCCGACUCAUCACUGCGUUGACCAGCUGUGAUGUCUCUAGCCGACCCCACCUCGGACACCACGCCCUUCUUCUCCGAUGACAGCGAGGCAGAGGGUUCAGAAGAGCCUGGUGCGGGGCCUAGCCAGCGCCGGGAAGAAGAGCCAGCCAGCGGAGUGUCCAGCUUGAGAGCGGUGUUCACCGUUAUUGUCCUGUGUUUCAUCAACCUGCUCAACUACAUGGACAGGUUCACUGUGGCUGGUGUUCUGCCUGACAUUGAGCAGUACUUUGGGAUCAAUGAUGGGAAGUCAGGGCUGCUCCAAACAGUCUUCAUCUGCAGCUACAUGUUCCUGGCUCCUGUCUUUGGUUACCUGGGCGACAGGUACAACAGGAAGAUGAUCAUGAGUGUGGGCAUAGGCUUCUGGUCCAUCGUGACACUCGCCAGCUCCUACACGCCCAAAGAAUAUUUCUGGCUCCUGUUGUUGACGCGUGGCCUGGUGGGGGUUGGGGAGGCCAGUUACUCCACUAUCGCCCCAACCAUCAUCGCUGACCUGUACAUCAAGGAGAGGAGGACGCAGAUGCUCUCUGUCUUCUAUUUCGCCAUUCCAGUGGGCAGUGGUCUGGGCUACAUCGUGGGGUCAAAGGUUGAUGACUUGGCAGGGGACUGGCAUUGGGCCCUGAGGGUGACUCCUGCAUUAGGACUGGUAGCGGUGGUGUUGCUGCUGUUCGUGGUGAAAGAGCCAAAGAGGGGUGCUAUCGAGGCCCGACCGGAGCACACACUCCAAAGGACCAGCUGGCUGGGUGACAUGAAGGCUCUUUGCAGGAACCCCAGCUUUGUGCUGUCUACGUUUGGCUUCACGGCAGUGGCCUUUGUGACUGGCUCCUUGGCACUCUGGGCCCCGGCCUUCCUCUUCAGAGCUGCGGUCUUCACCGAAGGGAGGCCCCCCUGCGUUAAGGGACCAUGCGACACCUCCGACAGCCUGUACUUUGGCAUCAUCACAGUUGUGUCGGGGAUCCUGGGCGUGGCCAGUGGUGCAGAGGUCAGUAGGAGACUGAGGUUGAGGACGCCGAGGGCUGACCCCCUGGUGUGUGCUCUAGGACUCCUCCUCUCGGCUCCCUUCCUCUACCUCGCCAUCGUCUUCGCUCAGGCCAGCCCCGUCGCCACAUACGUGUUUAUCUUCCUGGGAGAGACCUUCCUGUCUAUGAACUGGGCCAUCGUAGCGGACAUCCUGCUGUACGUGGUGGUCCCCACGCGUCGCUCCACGGCUGAGGCCUUCCAGAUCGUUCUCUCUCACCUGCUUGGAGAUGCUGGGAGUCCUUAUCUCAUAGGCGUGGUGUCAGACUCUCUGAAGCAGACUGACUCGUACCUAUGGCAGUUCCGCUCCCUGCAGCUCUCCCUCCUCACCUGCUCUUUUGUGGCAGUUGGGGGCGGGGCUUUCUUCCUGGCUACCGCCCUCUUCAUCGAGAAGGACCGCCAACGUGCCACAAACUACGCACCCUCAGCGUCCAUUCAGCAGCAUUACAGUGAGGAUUACACUCAGCACACCCUAGGAUUUGGCUUGGCCCGCCCACCAUACAACCCCUCUGCUGCCACAAGCUGGGGUGCUCCCCCUUCCAGCCUUCUUUCACCCAUUUCACCACAGAUCGUUCUGAGACCGAACUCUGUCACACCGACUGAAAAUGAGAGUAAUGACGGCUAUGAGAGUCCAAGAGAUGAGUAUGUCAACGAGGACAGCUAUGAACAAGGAUCAGGCUACCUAAUGGUGUUACCAUCAGUUCUUCCUGGGACUGGGUCUCUGCGUCAUUCCAACCAAUGUCUAAGCUCCCAAAGCACAGAAAACAGUGGCGCGGUUAUGAAAAUCAAUAUGAAUAUCGACGUGGGAAAGAGUGACGACAGUGAUGAAGGCAGCAACGACUAUGUCAAUACUAAAGAAAACAUUGACGAGGAGGGCAAUAUGAAUAUCGACCUGGGAAAGAGUGACGACAGUGAUGAAGGCAGCAACGACUAUGUCAAUACUAAAGAAAACGGUGACGAGGAGGGCAACAUGAAUAUCGACGUGGAAAAGAGUGAUAGUGAUGAAGAAGGCAACGACUAUGUCAAUACUAAAGAUAUGUCAAGCCUCCCCAUCAUGUAGCUGAUUCUGACGGGGAGGGAAUUGAUGAGUCUCUUGACUGCUGGAUUUGAGUGCAACCAAGUAUCCGUCAAAGGGAAGACUACACAGCGUAACUAACAUCUACAUAGGGCUUCUGCAAUAUGGACAAGAGCACUGUGCAACUCACUGCUGUGGCAACUUUUGAAAAGACCUUAAUCUCAUCCACCAGGCGUCUCUCUCCGAACUACGUGGUAAUGAUCAAGGCCUAGGGAGGACAUGUUGUACAAUUUAUUGUAUGACUUGUGUGGUGUAGGACAAAUGCCUUCGAACACCUCUUGGUGCCCCAAGCUGCUUGUGUGAGCUACCAGCUAUAACCAUGAUUUUUUUUCUUUAAGCUCUUACCUGACUAUUAAAGAGAGGAUGACAGUGGGGAAAGAUGUGGUGUUAAAGGGCAGUAGGCCGGAUUUAAACCCAUGUUGACAUGCCGACGGCUGCGGCAUUACCUUUUUCAAUGUAUGGAUUUGCUGACGACUCCUGAGAAUGUUCGUUCUAGUUUACCCAUUUUCUCUUAAAUGUAUUUCUAUAUAUUUUUUUUUUUACUGUGGAGUCAUGUUAACUACAUUCAAAUCUGAUUUUAUAGUUGAAGUCUUUUUUGUCACUAUAUAAGAAAUGCUCUGCCAUUAUCUAUAGCCCUAUUCGGACAGGAUAAGUUUCACUGGGGGGGGAGCUCAGUAAUGUGCAUGAGCACAAAUCACAUCUAAUUUCAGUCCCAUUUGAGUCAUAAUCCCAUCCAUAAGGUUGGGUCCUCUGAUAGUGUGAAUCGUCAUCCCGGUGAGGGAUAUUAGUUUAACAGAUGCUGCACCUGGUUUGGGAACAAAUUGAUGCUUAUAAAACAGUGCUAUGCAUGUAGCCUAAUGUUAAAUUCUGUUUUGUCACAACUUUCCUAGUGCCAUACACGUCCGGUAAUUACGUCUGCAUAGUUAGUUCAUGAUUCUUAUUGCUAUGCAUUUGACUUUCUCCGAACUGAAGGCCAUUAGGUCAAGAUGUGAAAUAUCUUCAUACCUAGAAAAGCCUCAAUUUUGAAUGAGGUAAAAAUUAAAUGCUGUAAGUUAUAGCGCUUAAAACAUUUGUGUUAUUGGGUGAUACGCCAUAGUUUACAUGCUUGUCCUAUACCUUUUAAAUAAAUCUAAAUGAACAAGA